CUGUGGUGAGCGCAUCGGUUCCCACCUAGGCCAGCGACAAGAGCAGGAAGCGUGGGGGAAACACACAGCGGAUAUACAGACCCUGCAAGAGCUUGGAAAGCCCAGCACUUCGGAGGGGCGGCUCCCGACAUAGGCCACGCCCACGCCUCACCAUCAGAGCACCGCCCACUCCCCGCCUUUUCCCACCCCUAGCCGGAAUCCCGCGCCGAACACGGGGGCGGGCUGCCCGGGCCAUGGCGCAUAAAACCUCUGGCCACCUGCAGGGCUACUGCUGCUCUGGCCACUGUCAGGCACACACCUUGCUGCUCGGUUUCUGUCAUCUCUGUGGCCUCCGUCGCCUCUGUCGCCGUCCCCUUCAGGUCCUGAGCCCAGCGACUCUCGGCCGCGCACGCGGACAUGGGCGUCAGCUCCAGGGCACGCUGGGUGGCCUUGGGGCUGGGCGUUCUAGGGCUGCUGUGUGCUGCGCUCGGCGUUAUCAUGAUUCUCAUGGUGCCCUCGCUCAUCAAGCAGCAGGUGCUCAAGAAUGUCCGCAUAGACCCCAGCAGCCUGUCCUUUGGGAUGUGGAAGGAGAUCCCUGUUCCCUUCUACUUGUCCGUCUACUUCUUCGAGGUGGUCAACCCCAGCGAGGUCCUAAAUGGCCAGAAGCCAGUAGUCCGGGAGCGCGGACCCUAUGUCUACAGGGAGUUCAGACAAAAGGUUAACAUCACCUUCAAUGACAAUGACACGGUGUCCUACAUAGAGAACCGAAGCCUUCGUUUCCAGCCAGACAGGUCCCAGGGCUCAGAGAGUGACUACAUUGUACUGCCUAACAUCCUGGUCCUGGGAGGGGCAGUGAUGAUGGAGGACAAGCCCACAAGCCUGAAGCUGCUAAUGACCUUGGGGUUGGUCACCAUGGGCCAGCGGGCCUUUAUGAACCGCACGGUUGGUGAGAUCCUGUGGGGCUACGAAGAUCCCUUUGUGAAUUUCCUCAGCAAAUAUUUCCCAGACAUGUUCCCCAUCAAAGGCAAAUUUGGCCUGUUCGUUGGGAUGAACGACUCGAGUUCUGGCGUCUUCACCGUCUUCACAGGUGUCCAGAAUUUCAGCAAGAUCCAUCUGGUGGAUAAGUGGAACGGCCUCAGCGAGGUCAACUAUUGGCAUUCGGAACAGUGCAACAUGAUCAAUGGUACUGCCGGGCAGAUGUGGGCACCAUUCAUGACACCCGAAUCCUCACUGGAAUUCUUCAGCCCAGAAGCCUGCAGAUCUAUGAAGCUCACCUACCAGGAAUCAAGGGUGUUCGAAGGCAUCCCCACUUAUCGCUUCACGGCCCCCGAUACUUUGUUUGCCAACGGGUCCGUCUACCCACCUAAUGAAGGCUUCUGCCCGUGCCGCGAGUCCGGCAUUCAGAAUGUCAGCACCUGCAGGUUUGGUGCGCCCCUGUUUCUCUCCCAGCCCCACUUCUACAAUGCUGACCCCGUGCUGUCAGAAGCUGUUCUUGGUCUGAACCCUGACCCAAAGGAGCAUUCCUUGUUCCUAGACAUCCACCCGGUCACUGGGAUCCCCAUGAACUGUUCCGUGAAGAUGCAGCUGAGUCUGUACAUCAAAUCCGUCAAGGGCGUCGGGCAAACAGGGAAGAUCGAGCCAGUAGUCCUGCCAUUGCUGUGGUUCGAACAGAGCGGGAUGAUGGGUGGCAAGACCCUGAACACGUUCUACACGCAGCUGGUGCUGAUGCCCCAGGUUCUUCACUACGCGCAGUAUGUGCUGCUGGGGCUUGGAGGCCUCCUGCUUCUGGUGCCCAUCAUUUACCAACUGCGCAGCCAGGGCCCAGAAGACACCACGAGCCCCCCAAACCUGAUAGCUUGGUCAGACCAGCCGCCCAGUCCCUACACCCCACUUCUCGAGGACUCUCUCAGCGGACAACCCGCCAGUGCCACGUCCUGAGCCCCCAGAUGUCACACUGUCCACACGGCACAUAGUGUGCGGAAACACUCAGGGACCAGGGACAGACCCGCUGCUGAGUAGAGCCUGUUGGGCCACAGGCGACCUCUUCUAAGUGACCUGUGAGCCAGGCUGUGGGAACUGUAGCUGCCCCUCCUGUAGGAGCUGGCGCCGCCGGGGCUCCUGACUUUCUCCGUCUUUCUCCAGCAGGCUGAAAGCCUUAGUUCCCACAGAGGACACAGAUCUGUCACUCCUAGGGGCUGGGCAAACAUCGGCCUCUUGCGUCACGGCUGGACAAGCAGUUCCAGAUCCUGACCAGUCUGCACACACACUCUGGCGCUGUAUCUGGCCCUUCUCCUACAGUCUCUGCUGUCACCUGAACACUGAAUUGGCCACUGUAAGUGGCAGCGGUGGCAGGCCCCCUCAGGGUCCUUAUUUUUCAGGCGUGGGGUCAAAGAGAGAGGUGUGGGCCGUCUACCCCUGGCACCUAGUAUAUCUCACCAGAGGGUAGGGUAUACAGAGGCCCAGCGUCCCACAAUCGACCCCUUUUUUUCUACUGGAAGAGAAAUUUUAUCGUCUUUUGAAAGAAAGUCAUGACUGAAGCAAUAAACCUUUUCACAAAUUCAA